GUCCCAGCUGACUCUCACUCUGUUUUCUCUCCAUCUCUCUCUCUCCAUCUCUCUCUCUCUCCCUCUCUCUCUCUCUCUAUUGUAUCUACUGGGGACAGAUCUGUGUAAACCUGUUGGCAGUCAGCUCUUGCCAAAUGACACAAUAAUGGGACCCUCAGUGCUUAUGAUCUUAGGGUUUCUCCUGAGUCCAGCACUCAGCUCAGAUAUGCAGGAUGGGGACGGCAUAAUCUUCGAGAGUAACGUGACUGGCAUCUUGGGGGAGGAUGUGUACCUGCAUUGCCUCUACACAGGCAAUGACCCUGACGAUCUGCUGUACUCGGUCUGGAAACGCCUUGGCAGCAAUAAGAAGCUAGCGGGUUACUUUGGCCUGAAGACGAUCAAAAUGGAAGGCUUUUCUCUACCAGAAUCCACUACCAAUCUGACGGUGAAGAUGCAGGUGGCCAGUCUGAAUGCUGAGGGGGAGUACAUCUGUGAGUUUGGCACUGAUGAUGACCCACUGAUAGGUCACGUCUCUCUCACUGUCUUGGUAAGGCCCGAUGUCACUGUUCAAACGAAAAAGGAGAUUGUGAAUGCCACUCACUACCAGUCCGUGAGAUGUACCGCCACCAAUGCAAAGCCAGCGCCACACAUCAGCUGGGAGAUCAACGGCAGUGCCCCCAGCGACGAUGUCUUCUCUGUCCAGACCGAGAGCGCUUAUCAUGCCAAUGGUACUCUCACCCUUGCCAGCGUGCUGCGCUUCCCCACCCACCUGAGCGACGAGAGCACCAUAGUCUGUCUGGUCCAGCACCCAGCCCAAGCUGAGCCACAGAGAGCGACCGCUCUGGUGCAAACCUUCGUUGUUCCGGACGUAACCAUAGAGACAGGCCUGGUUCCUGGGGCUGGAGGAAGGAGAAUGUUGCGGGUUGUCAACUGCACCGCGCUGAGAGGGAGACCUCAACCCAAAAUUGCAUGGAUACUGUCUGGAGGAGAAAACACAUUCUCGGCCCAGAAGUGGAGCGAUGAUGACACAUUCAUCAGUUCGGUCUCGUUCCCCGUUGGGAGUCACGAGGGGGAAAAUGUCACCUGUGUCGUCACUCACCCAAAGCUCACCAGCGCUGUCAAGAAAACCCUGCCUCUGCCCACCUACACUCUCUCAUCUGUUCAGCUGGUUUAUCUCAAUGACUCGAGUGCCCAGAGAGGCACUGCCCUGGAUCAACUUCCCCUGGAGGAGGGGGAGCCUGGCAUGGCCUUGGCACUGGAGGUGCAGGGGGAUGUGCCAAGCUAUCAGACUGAGUGCACUAAGGAUGGCUCUUCUCUUCCACAUGGUGUGGUGUUGGUAGAUGAUAAGCUCACCUUCAGUGGCCCAAUAGCUCUGCACUAUGCUGGGCAUUACGAGUGCCGGGCCUCCUUCAACAAACACAAAGCAUCUGUUCAGCUGGACAUCAGUGUUAAACCAGCGAUUCAGGCACCUAUUCUUGUAGCCCCAACCAUAAGUGUGAGAACCUGGAGAGAGCUGGACAGUGUCAUCAUCAAGUGCUCGGCCUCGGGCGCAGUCCCUGCCCCAAACGUCUCCUGGUCCCUGGCCCCAUGGGUGACCGCGGCGAAGGCACUAAACACGACAUCUUUUAACGGAUCAGACAGCGUCACAGCCACGUUAACCCUGCCACACUGUCUGCCUGAAGAGUCCACAGUGCUGUGCCUAGUAGAGCAUCAGCUGUUUGAAUACCCAGAGAGGAGGGACAUGGUGCUGCCUGCAUGUGCUCGUCCUAACAUAACUGUGCAGCCCAGCGUUGUGUGGGAGCAGGGCUUAGCCUACUCAGAGGUAGAGUGCAGGGUGGAGAGUGUGAGACCCAGAGCCAACAUCUCCUGGUUGUUGGAGGACAACACCAAAGCAGACCGUACUGCAGAUGGUGCCAUGGAGCUGCUGGGAAUCGAGGAGGAAGCCGUGGGUGUGGAGCCCUAUAUGGAGGAUCAGGUGGUGGCGGUCAGCAGUGUGCGGCUGCCCUUGGCGGAGCAUCAGGGGAAGACUGUGGUCUGCGUGGUGAGGCACCAGAAACUACUGAAGCCCGAGAGGAGGGAGAUCCAGCUUCAGGCUCCAGAUCCCCCAGAGAUCCAGGCCUUCCUGGUGGAUGAGCGUAGGGUCUCCUCUCUUAUGCGUGCCGUGUGUGCGUACUCCAGUGAAUCAGGUGGCGCCAACAUCACCUGGCUACUCCCUAACAACACCGAAGCAAGUGUGGUGUCAUCCUCAGCUCGUGAGGGGUCAAAGUUCAAAGCCAACGUCUCAUACGAGUUCCCCCUGGCACGUCACGAGGGCAGUGCCCUGACCUGCCACAUACACCAGGAGUACGGCAAAUUGGAGAGGAGGGUAGUGACCGUCCCGCAGUAUUAUAUCUCCCUGAGUGUGAUGAACAAAACCACCUGUGCUGCUGGAGACGGUGUGGUUUUUUACAGAGUUGCCCUGCAGGAACAUCUCGCCCACCAGAAGAUUCUUCUCCAAGUCAAGGGAAAUGUGCUCUACAGCCAGAUUGUCUGUUCCAGCAAAGGCGGAGCAGCUGCACUGCUAGUGAGAAAGACAUCUGAACUGACCAGUGUUCUGGAGUUCCCCAAGGCUGUGUCUAAGCGGGAUGCUGGACAGUAUGUUUGCACAGCCUCCUUCCACCACAUCAGCACCGACGUCCACAUCCUGGUGGAGGUGACCGACAAUGCGGUGCAGCACAUGGCUAUCAUCAUCAUCUGUUUCACCUCUGCUUUGGCCAUCACACUCAUUCUUGUCAUCACCCUGUGUGUUUUCUGCAAGAGACAAGUCCAGCCUGCAGAAAAGGACCGCCGCAAGAAACGUGAGUCCCUCUCUACCCUGACAUCUCUAAUGCAAGACCCGCGUUCUCCAGAGCUGAAGAAAGUGGCACUUCCUGGGGUUAAAGGUCACCAGUAUGCCGAGCUGGUCUCCAUCGUCCUCGUACAGAGGACCACGGUUUGAGAGUUUUUUGUGUAACAUCACAGAAAUACAGCUGAUUUUCUACUGAAGUAUAUGAAAGACCACAGUUUGAGGGUAUUCCAUAACAUCACAGAAGUACAACUGGUUUUUAACUGAAGUGCAGUCAAAAAGACCAUGGUUUGAGAGUUUUUACAUACCUUCAAAGAAGUGCUACUGAUAUUCUGCAGAAGCACAGUAAGAGAGCAGAUUUUUUGAGAGCAGCCAUUUUGAAAGGCUUUUUUUUUUUACGUUUUUGCGAGGUGUGGCUGCUGACCACAGAUGUGUCACAGACAGGGUUAUAAAUUUACGGUUUUUAUUAUCCUUGUGGAGAAGUCCUCAAGUUUAAAGCAGGUGUUUCUAUGCUUUCACAUGAUCACAGUUACAUUACUGAGUAGGUUUAAGUUAAUUUUGGGUUUGAAUGUUACCAACGUUGAAGUAGAGGGAACCGGAAACUUUCAGAAAUGAGGAUCAGCGGUCAGGGGUCACCAAUUAGGCAGGGAUCACAUUGGCGCAGCAGCACCGCGGCAAGCGGCAGCGGCAAGCAAAAGGCAACGCUCAGACCAUAGUAAGUUCUGUCUCGUUCCUA